AGUUAUUUUCCAGAGCUUUUGGAGACACGGCUGCCAGCGAUAUUGGCACGCUCGAUGAGAAAAAGUGCAGCAACGCGCGCAAAGGCUGCUGCGACAAUUUACAUAUCACCUUCGAUGAGGUAACCGCGAAAUGCGUGCUAUUACACGAGGACCAAAUUCCGGCAGAGGACGAUAAAAGCCCCACUAAAUUGAUUGGCUUUUUAUCAGUAAAUAAUUGUUCAAAUUUUUUCAAGAAACAAUUAAAUACUUAUUUAUUUUCCUCUGUGCUGGCAUAGUGUUUAGUGGAGUGCAUUUAUAAAAGCCGCAAUUAUUUGACCAAAGACAGCGAGGAUAUUGAUAUGCAAGCAGUGAAGGAGGAUGUCGCGGUUACGUAUGCGGAUCGUCCCAAAGAGCAGCAAUAUUAUAUUGAAAUGUACGAUUAUUGUCGCAAAGAUGCUGCAAAGACUUACGGCAAGCUUAAGGGUAACCCCGCCAGCAAGAUUCUCUUUAAGAAAGCCUGCAAACCUUAUUACACAUUCGUCUAUUUAUGCCAAGCUGAGUAUCAUAGGAAGACAACGUGCCCAUACUUUAUGUGGGAGGGUGACGAAAAAACAACAGCAAAGCAAGAAUGUAAAUCAGCAAAGGAACAAUGUUAUAAGAUCGAUGGUUUAACUCCACCGGAGGAAUAUGAGUUCGACUCUUAAUUCGGUAGUGGUUUUUCCAUGCUCUCCUCAUAUGCCAAUUAAAGAAAAUAUAUAUUGUUACGUUUUAAAAACGCUUACCAUAUUUAAGACAAAAAUUAUUGUUGCUCUCAUAAAAAUUCCAAUAA